AUGGAGUUGCAGUCGUCGAUAUUGUCAAAGUUGGUGGGAGUCGUAGAGAAGGUCCCAUGGCCGGAAGCAUGCGUCUCUUUGCUUCUGUUCUUCCUGCUACAUUGGUACCACAAACAGAGAAAGAAUCCUGUAAUGUCUUGGCCUCUCUUGAGAACAUUUCCUCCCUUUGUAGCCAACUUGCACAGACUCCAUGAAUGGCUGACGGAGGUGUUAGCCGCCGCCGGCGGCACCAUCAAUGUAUCUGGGCCUGUCAUGACGAACAGAAACUUCCUUAUGACAUGCGACCCGAGAAACUUAGAGUACAUACUCAAGACCAACUUCAACAAUUUCCCCAAAGGAGCUGAAAUAAAUUCCGCCUUCUCCGAGCUCCUGGGCUCCGGUAUCUUCAAUUUGGACGGGAAGCCAUGGAUGACGCAGAGGAAGAUCGCGAACGCUCAUUUUCACUCCAAGCUUUUCCGGCAGUUUGUAGUCAAAACCACCGGAGACAUAAUCAACGAACAGCUCAUUCCGAUCCUGGCGAGCUCGGCGAGGUCCGGUUGUGCCAUCGAUCUCCACGAUGUGCUCCUGAGGUUCACCUUCGACAGCACAUGCACUGCAGUCCUCGGAGAGAACCUCCACUCUCUCUCUAGUGGGUUUCCGACAGUGCCAUUCUCGAAAGCCGUGGACGACGUGCUGGAAGCCAUAGCUUACCGUUACCUGUUGCCGCGGAGCUGGCAGCACGUUUUGCGGCGGCUGAACCUCUGGAAGGAGAAGCAACUCGCGGACGCCAUGGUCGUCAUCGAAGAAUUCAUUGCCUGCCAGGUCAACCUCAGGAAGCUGCGCCGCCUGCAAACCAACGAUCUCCUGUCAAUAUACGCAGGGACAUCCGAAGACAAGACAUUUCUAAGAGAUGCUGCCAUCAACUUCCUGCUCGCCGGCCGGGACACAUCGGGAAAUGCUAUGGGCUGGUUCUUCUGGCUCCUUUCAAAGUACCCACGUGUGGAGAAGAGGAUCUUGGAGGAGGUAAGGGAGAUUCUGAUGAGCAACCAUAGGGAGAAUCUGGUGCUUGACGAUUUGGAUAAGUUGGUGUAUCUUCAUGCAGCACUGUGUGAAGCCCUAAGGCUGCAUCCGAUCGUUCCUUUUGGCUUGAAGGGGGUUGUGAAAGAAGCAACUCUGCCUAGUGGCCACAUAGUGAAGCCAGGGACAAUCAUCAUGUAUCAUGCCUACUCAGUGGGAAGGAUGAGGUGGAUAUGGGGGGAAGACUGCAUGGAGUUCAAACCAGAGAGGUGGAUAGAUGAUGAAGGAAGACUGAGGCAUGAGAACAACAGCUUUCGGUUUAUUGCCUUUAACGCCGGGCCGAGGACAUGUGUAGGCAGGGAGGUAGCCUUUGUGCAAAUGAAGCUUGCGGCUGCUGCCAUUCUGCUGAACUUUGAGCUAAGUGUUGAAAAAGACCAUCCAGUUUUGCCUAGGACCUCAGUCAUACUGACCAUGAAAAACGGGUUGAAGGUCCGGGUGAAAGAAAGGCCUCAAACCUUACUGUAA